CUUUUAUUUAGAGUGUCACCCGUGAUCUCUUGUUUAGAGUGCCACCCGCGAUCUUCAUUCAAGUGUCACUCGUGAUCUUCAUUUGAGAUCAUCACCCAUGAUCUUCAUUCGAGUUUGUCACCAGUGCUCUACACUCGAGCUCUUAGCAAACUUGUUAAAAGCGGUAAAAAGCGCCUAAAAGCGACAAAGCGCAGGCGGGCGCUAAGCAUGCACCUGGCUUUUGAGAAGCGUCGCGCCAUGAGAAAGCGAAAAUUUUCCGGCGCUUUUGCUUGAGCUCGCUUAAUGAAAAGCGAUCGCUUUUCCUGGAUUCUCACAAAAAGCGGUAAAUUGACCGGUCAAUUUUUUUUAAAAAAAAAGUGGUCUUCUCGUCUCGACGCUACAAGUUAGGGUUAUCACGUAAGAGUCGUUCGACUCUUUCCCACUUCAGACAUAGCCGCACUCCAGAAAUAGUUGAAGAAAUCGCAGGUGAAGAGGAGUUCUCCCAGGUGACCGUUGUUUCCAAGUCGCGACUCGUAGGUGAAGAAGAGUUCUCCCAGACUUUCUCGCUGGUGUUGUGCAGAAUUGUAGACAAAAGUGUCUGGAGAACAAUCUAAAAGUCAGGAUCCUGCUUGUGAGCAUGGGUUAAGGGUCACGCCAAACGAUUACACACGUGUGCGAUGCAUAUAUUGUGAUAAAAUCACCCGUGGGGGUAUAUAUCUUCACAAACAACAUCUUGCCGGUGGCUUUAAAUGUGUUAAGGCGUGUUCUAAGUGUCUACAAGAAGUUAGAGUUGCCGUGAAGGAGCUUCUUGAUAACAAAAGUAAAAGAAAAGAAGAUAUGAGAGAGAACUUUUCCACCCAUGAUUUUGAUGAUGAUGAUGUUGAAGAGCUGGAGCUUGGAGAUGCUAUGAGAAAAGCAUCAUCAACCAAAGGGCCCAUGAAUUUGUAUUCCAAAACGGUUUCAAAAGAACAAGGAACUUUGAAGAGGGCAAGAGGGGCAGAAGUAACUCUAGCAUCUUGCAAGAAAGAGUUAAGGGAAAGGACUGUUGGUGCAUUUGCACGAUGUAUGUAUGAAGCUGGAUUGCCCUUUAACUGUGUCAAUUACAAGAUACUCCCUCCGUCCCUUAAAACUUUGUCAUCUUUCCUUUUUUGGACGUCCCAAAAAACUUUGCCACUUUCCCUUUUAAUCAAUUUUUUUUUGUGGUUUCUGUUAUUUCUCUCUCCUCUGCACAAACCUCAACCACACAGUUUUUACUUUAUUAUUCUCCGUGCCGGUCAACUUUGGCAAAGUUUUAAGGGACGGAGGUAGUAUUACAAAGUUUCAUUGAUGCUGUCGCACAACAUGGACCCGGGAUGAAAGCUCCUGCUUAUCAUGAAGUUCGAGUGCCAUAUCUUAAAAAGGAAGUAGAGCAUGUGAAGGAGCUUUUUAAACCACAUGAGGAUAUUUGCACUAGUAUUACCC